CAACAUGCAAUUAGUGCAGCAAACUCUCCUAUGCGGGUAGUUUUUAACGAUCUUUACCUAUGGCGCUUCACCUAAUCAACGGGAGAUGUAAACAUAUUUCCGUUGUUACACACGCGGUGUUCGCUGUAUCAGGUAAGCCAUUUCCCAGAAUUUGAGUCGGAUCGCAUGGACUCUACUGAUCUUCUAAACUUGCACUGAAUAGUAAGAGCGUAUUCAACUGUAUUCUAGGUAGGAGAAAAGCUGCAAAAUUCCUAAUUGAAGCCAGGAAUGAGAUCAUGUGGAAACCUAGAUAUAAGGCAUAGAACAUAUUAGAAAGACAUACCUGCCAACAAUUAUUCUCUGCUAGACGUCAACACAAAGAAUGUGUUUCCUUUGAGUAGUUUACUGAAAAAACAGGGCACUUUGCUCGACUCACUUUGUUCAGAAUUAUUGUCUAUCGGCUGCGCUUCUAUAUAGAUGAAGGUAUAGAUUGAGUCAUCUGCUCUUCGAGAACCUCUUCGCAGCCCAACGGUAUAAUAUCAACGGUAUAUGUGUCUAAUUGGUCAUGCGUAUGAACGGUGAUCCUCAUUGGCUCUUUUAGGCAUUACAAACAAUAGGCUAUUGACGGCCGAUUGAAUUUCAAUGGCGUAUUUAUUUUGCGAGGAAACACAGCAUGCUAUUGAUUAUUAAAAUUCUGAGAAUCGCCAAAAAUUCAGGCUUGUAUUACUAAGACGAAAAAGGACUCAUCAAAAUUUCUCGCCCAGCGAAGCCAACAAACACCCUUCAACAGCUAAAGCAUCCUUGGCAAUCAUCAGUAUUGUUGUCGAUGAUAUACAAACUCUGGAGAACUGCUCGUCGAGUCGCUAUGGAGACAUGCCUGCGAGUGCCUGUGUACAUGUAACUCGCGGUUGUGAGAGCUUUGAAUGUUAGGCGGCGGGGCCGCGAGAGGUUUGAGACGGAAAAUAGUAAUUUUCGCACACAAAAUCGCCAGUUAAGCCGGCUAGUGGAGGCAAGAUCAGAUGAGAUUUAAUGGCAAACAAAGCUUCAAAAUCUCGACCGCGACAGGUCGAAUACCGUGUAAUAAUUCUCGGAAACAAAUGAGAAAAAGGUAUCUUGAAAGAGUAUCCGAAAUUUGACCUCGCAGUGACAUAAAGAAUUCAUGACUGAUUCUAAAUAUAGACUUCGUUGAACUCUGCCAAAAAGAAUUUUGAUGUAAUUUCCAUUUAUCAUUUAGGGUUGCUGUGUCACUGUCUAUCCUUUGCCUGAGAGAAAAGCAAGACGAUUUGUUUUAUCGUCAUCAGUUCAGUAUUAAAGGACAUCGGAUUCGAAUGAGAUGAGAUUCUAGGAAAAAUAUUGUCGCUGAGAUAUCAACAAUUAUCAAAAUAAAAACUAGAUUUUUAAAAGGCUAAGAUAACGAACUAUUUGUAAAGCCCUUAUCAAUUUCAGAAUAUCUUAUAAAUUAUGACUGUAUAUAUUAGACGGGGGAAAAAUUGUUAGCUCGUUGGAAAGAGAAACCUUCGGACUGAACAGCAUCUAUGCAAAGGUUUAUUUCUUAAGACAUACAUGGACCAGAACGGGAAAAUCCCUGGAUCGCCAAAUGUCAUAAAGCUUUCACUCCCGUGAUUGACUAAGGAUACAUUUCUCCUUACGAUAUAUCAAUAGAAUUUCAAGUAGAUUAUGAGAAGUAGGGAUAUCAUCAACUCGGGGAUAUUGUUUUAAUCAACAUUAGAUAGCCAGAGCUAAUACCAUAAAAAAACUGUAUGGUUGAGAGUGCGGAGAAUUGGCAUUUACAUCCUGAAAGUAGAAAGUAGGAAGGUUUUGAGAGAUCAUGACAGCGUUGCGUGACACGAAAACGUUUCCUUCUUCUCUUUAAGAUCUUCCGCGAAAAAUAAACCUUGACAUUUUAACUCAUUACUUUAAAAUUUUAAGAAACAAAAUUGGACUUUACCGGUAUCUAAGUUUUACCUUCUCAGUAUGUUAGAUGCCUAUUUUCUUGUUACUCAACCAAUGAUUAUUUAAAUUAAGAACGGGCUGACUUUUACUUAGCUCUUCAACUCCCAUAAGAGACCGAAACAGAACUUCUCUUUACAAUAUCAAUUGGAUUUCAAGCGGACAAGCGAUGAGAAUGAAGAAAAAUGUCAAAAAGGGCAGCAUAAGUUGAUCCAAUACUAAAUUCUCCAAACUAACAUAAUAAGAGUUGUACUGCAUAGACUAGGGAGAAUUACUAAUGAGAUCUGUGAGUGGAAGGGCGAAGAAUGCAGAAGUGGGGUGAAAAGAAGUAGGUCGGUCUAUUUUUGUAAGUUUAAACUGAACUAGAUUUACAUUUUUCUCUUCGAGGAAAUGGCAUCAUUGACUUCAGAGAAUUUCUCCACCUGAUGGACACCCGGAUGAAAGAAACAGACACAGAAGCAGAGAUACGAGAAAUGUUCAAAGUGUUGGACAUGGAUGGCAACGGGUUUAUAAGUGCUGAAGAAUUCAAGAGGACCAUGAUGAACCUUGGUAAUCAGUUGACCGAAGAAGAAGUCAAACAAAUCAUCUAGACGGCUGAUUUGAAUGGCGACAGACAAAUUUGUCUAGAGGGUAAUUUCCAUUUUUUUGGUUCUCUCCUUUUUCAUGUCCAGUGUUCGAUUGUUUCAUCGGUGUUUGAUCUUUUCGACUUUUUCUCUUUGCCUUACAGUUUUGUUUGCACGUGUGAUAUAACAACUGGCUAACCCUGUCUCGUUUUUUGGGGUUCAUAAAAUUACAAGUUUAUGCAGGUUUCCAAGCCAAUUUAUAUUUUGACCUUGUUUACCAGACCCUCAACAUGGAGGCAAAUAGAGCUAAAUAG